ACCAGCUCCAUCCUUGUCCCAGCCAGUGCAGGCGCGCGGACCUAAGCGACCCGGUGCUGGCAGCGCACAGCAGCAGCACCAGCUCCUGUGACCCCAGAGCGGGCAGCUGAUAGUCCUCAAUCUUAGGCCAUGGAUGGAAGCAGGCCCCAGUCAUGCAGAAGGACAUGACAGCCUAUGUGUAUGAGCCCUUGCACAUAAAGCAAAAGCCAUCUCAAGACACAGCCAUCAGCGCCUCAGUCUCCAUGAGGAUCCUAGAAGGCAGACACAUACUACAGACCUGGAAGGAAGGUGACGUGGAAGACCAGCUGAGGACUGGGCUUUGAGCCUUGAAGACCCUGUCUUACUUAUUCUUAUGCCCUGUACUGCACAAGGAACAGCUUGAUCUAUUCCCACAACAUUAGGCUAGUCACUAGACCCUCCCCAACCUUCUUUUGGCUUGGCCAGGAACCCGAAGCCCAGUGGUUGGAGCUGGAAGAGAAGUAACCAAGGCCCAGGGUGAGUGUCGAAGCUACAGGGCCCCAGAAUGGAGCCCAAUGGCACUAUCCAUUCCUGUUGCUUAGACUCUACUGUAUGGAAAGUCACCAUCAGUUUGAUCCUCACCACCCUCAUCCUCAUCACCAUUGCUGGCAAUGUGGUCGUCUGCCUGGCUGUCAGCCUGAACCGUCGGCUCCGCAGUCUGACCAAUUGCUUCAUUGUGUCCUUGGCGGCUACUGACCUGCUGCUUGGCCUCCUGGUGCUGCCCUUCUCUGCCAUUUACCAGCUCUCUUUCAAGUGGACCUUUGGCCGGGUCUUCUGCAGCAUCUACACCAGCCUGGAUGUGAUGCUGUGCACAGCCUCCAUCCUCAACCUCUUCAUGAUCAGCUUGGACCGCUACUGUGCUGUCACGGACCCACUGAGGUACCCCGUGCUGGUCACCCCAGCUCGUGUUACCAUUUCUUUGGUUUUCAUUUGGGUCAUUUCCAUCACCCUAUCCUUCCUGUCUAUUCACCUGGGGUGGAACAGCAGAAACGAGACCAGGGGAGACAAUGACACCUCCAAGUGCAAAGUGCAGGUCAACGAGGUGUACGGGCUGGUGGAUGGGCUGGUCACCUUCUACCUGCCUCUUCUCAUCAUGUGUGUCACCUACUACAGAAUCUUUAAGAUCGCCAGGGAGCAGGCCAAAAGGAUCAAUCACAUUGGCUCCUGGAAGGCAGCCACCAUCAGAGAGCACAAAGCCACUGUGACGUUAGCUGCGGUCAUGGGAGCAUUCAUUAUCUGCUGGUUUCCCUACUUCACGACGUUUGUUUAUCGUGGGCUGAGAGGGGAUGAUGCCAUCAAUGAGGUGGUUGAAGGCAUCGUUCUGUGGCUAGGCUACGCCAAUUCAGCCCUGAACCCUAUCCUGUACGCUGCCUUCAACAGAGACUUCCGCAUGGCUUACCAACAGCUCUUCUGCUGCAAGCUUGCCAGCCACAACCCCUACAAAUCCUCCCUGAGGCUGAACAGUUCUCUGUUGUCCAGGAACCAAAGCCGAGAAGUCAGAUGGCAGGAGGAGAAGCCCCUGAAGCUCCAAGUGUGGAGUGGGAAAGAAAUCACACCUCCCCAAGGAACCCCAGACAGGAGACCAGCGCUGUCCUGCACCACCUGCUCCAAUAACCUUCUAAGCUGCUGUAAGAGCCUAUGGGGGCUUCGUUUUCUCCGGCAAUACCCAGAAGGCACCUCAGAGGAACAGUCGGGAGAGCUACAAUCUGAGAAGGCAGAAAGGAUACCAUCACAGGAAGAAAUGAGGGCACUGCCCUGUGAGGUUGUCUAGACUCUGCCCAGGACACCAAGAUCCUGGCCCUAUCACCUGGACCUCCCUUCUGGAGCCUCUAUGGACCAAGCCCUCAAACCACUGAGGACAAACUUCAGCCUAAGCCUGGGACAUCACAGAACACACAGACCAGUUUCCCUGUGAGUGGAUUCCAGACAGGUGCUUGGGCUCUUCUAGGCCGAAUUCCUUGGGUUCAGAGCUCACACUGGUGCUGGCUCUAGGAGACAUGAGCAAAAAGCAGGACAGAUGUACACACAUGCAUGUAUGGAUGUGUUUCUGUAAAAAAACACGCACAUCUGCUGAGCAGAGCAAAGGAUGUUGCUAUAGAGCACUGGCCUCACUAAGUGCUAAGUAUUUUGCCUACAUGGAUUCUCAUCACGUCUUUAUAUGUGAUUAGGACCAGCAACACUGGCCAGACUUUAUAGAGCUAGAAACCAAGAGUCAGAGAAGUGUGGAAUGUACCUCAGGCUACUCAGCUAGAAAACGUGCCUGGGAUAGAGGUACUCAGAAAGUACUUGGUGAGUGGGUAGAUGUGUGGAAAAAUGGAUGGAUGGAUGGAUGGAUGGAUGGAUGGAUGGAUGGGUGAUAGAUGAUGGGUAGAUAGAUGGAUGAUAGGUGAAUGGGUGGAUGAUGGAUAAAGAGUGGAUGGAUGAAGGGUGGAUGAUGAAAGAUGGAUGAAUGGAUGACAGAUGGAUGAGAGAUGAUGGGUAAAUGGAUGAAUGAUGGGUGGAUGGAUGGAUGAUGGAUGAAGGGUGGAUGAUGAAAGAUGGAUGGAUGAAUGAAAGGAUGGAUGGAUGGGAGAUGAUGGGUAGAUGGAUGAAUGAUAGGUGGAUGGAUGAUGUUUUUGAAACAACACUACACUGCCACUCAAAAGAGAAGUCAAGAUAGUCCUUCAACUCAGCUAACUCUCCUCUAGCAAAUCUUAGGCCUCCAGGAAGCCCUCCAUGCUGAAAUACAGUCAUUGAUGGUGCUUGUUAUGAACAAAAAGCGGUGUGCAGUGGACUUGCAGGGCAAAGUGUGUCCAUUGCGUCCGGAAGGACAGGCAGAAGUCAGGAAAAUGCAAAGGGUACAAAUGUGUGGGCUGACCCAGUGCUGCCUUCUGCUGGCCACAUGACCUGGACGUACUCUCUGCCACUCUGGGCUGCUCUUUACUCCUCUGUACAAAUGGAAAAGCUAACCUUUCUGUAGUUAGAGAUCUACCGAAGAGACUCAAGGAGGCGGAGUUGGUAAGCGUUCCAAAGAGAUGAGGAUGUUUAUGGGUUUCUCUCCCCUAGCGCUUCCUUGACCUCCCCAGAUAACCAUGCUACCCUGGGUUUCCAAGACCCUCUCCUGGCCCCCAAUAUCCCGUUAACUUUUCAGCUCUCUUUGUGACUCAUUGACCUCCACACAACCAUUAGAUAUGACUGUUCCCUGGGGCUUUGGGCUGAGACUGCUCACUCUGGCCCUCCCUUUGCAACUUCAUCUACCUUCAGGACUCCAGUCACAAAACAGAAGAGAUAAUUCACUGACCUAUAGCUGUAGGCAAGGCAUCGGGUCAUGCUUCUCCUCGGCCCGGAUUCUUGAAAGGUACCUUACCCCUAACAUGCCCACAACCACACGCUUCUCCCUCACCUGCUUCUCUAAAGUCCUCCUUCUCGAGCAAAGGUCACAUCCUGAGCUUCAAAACCUGAGGUCAGCCUCGUCCCUCCUUUUGCCUUGCUUCCCAUGGUGGACACUCUAGAGUCUUAGCCCCCACACGGGUCUGCCCAACUGGUAAUCACCGUCCCUGUUUCUCCCGACUCAGCUGCUGAAGUCUCUAACACAACAAGUGGAGAAGCUGCUUAGGUCUCUUUCCUAUCCUCCCCACCCGCCCAGCCCCUUCCUCCAGUCAGCUCUCCUCACAACAGCCUUGACGGACUGGGAAAACGCAUGCCCUAUUGUGUCCAUUGCAGGCUAGGACCGUCUCUAGACUGACCCAUUGGCCUGGCUUUGCCAGCUUCCAUGACCCUCCAGCUUCCCCCUGCACCGUCCUCCACCUCCUCUUAAUUCUGCCCCUAUUUGCCUUCUCGUUUUGCUUAGAGCUACCAUUACUAGCAACCAAAGCACACAGAGUGCUAUUUCCAUGACCUUAAAUGCUCUUUUGUCCUCUGGACAAAGUCAGCAUCGUGAGAUCUCACCUCAAAUACCAUUUCCUUGUCGCUUGGGACCCAUACUACACCAGGCCCUUGCCACACUGCGGGCCUUUCUUUAGAGGCUAUUGGCUUGGUUGUAAUGCAGCAGUUGACUGUGGUUCCUUAGACACCGUCUUACUCACCUACACAUGAGUUCUUUCAGGUGACCUUCUCCCGCUGACCCCCUGGAGAAGUGUUCACACAUAGCAGAGGUUAAGCGAAGACUCGCUGGGUGAACGUGCAAAGAAUGCUCCACACUAUUGUAAGAGCUAACCUGCCAAUAAACUUCAAGGCAUCGUUGGUUCUGAUGACCACCAGAGACGACCAUUGAAUCUCGUGAUCAAAUUUCCUCUGAAAGCCCAAGAAACCCAUCUAGGUGUCUCCUCAGGACUCUAUGGCAGGUGAGUCUCAUAAGUCACAGUGCAACUAACUGGAGACGGAAGACCUCCAGUGCAAAGGGACCUGCCCAACCACGGAAACAAUCAGGGCUCAAGACCAUGGUGCCCAGGGACAAUGUGCCACUUCACAGGAUUCCUGCAAGUGUGAGCUCUCUGGAGCUUCUCAGGGAAGCAGAAAUGGGUGCAUGAUGCCUAGAGAGGAUCAGCUGCAGUGGGACUUCAAAUCCAUGCUCUGUGUUGCCAUGUUCCAAUAAAGUUGUC